UGCUCCGACAGAGUGAGGGCAGUAUGCCUUGAAAAAAUAUGACACAGAAAUGCUGAAAAUUUCCUUUCCUGCCGCUGCCAUGGCCGAGCUCCCCAGUUCCCUCUUUCCGAAGCGACUUCUCAAGCUACUCAAAGCCGAGAAGAAUACUCUAUCCGCACUGUCCCUGUUCGACUCGGCUACACGCCAACCGGGUUACACCCACUCUCCUCAUGUAUUCCACCACAUUCUUCGUCGACUCGCCGAUUCAAGACUUGUUGUCCAUGUAUCUCGGAUCGUCGAACUCAUUGAAACCCAGAAAUGCCAAUGCACAGAAGAUGUUGCUUUAACAGUGAUCAAAGCAUAUGCAAAGAGCAAAAUGGUAAACGAAGCUUUAGAUACGUUUCAACGAAUGGAGGAGAUUUUUGGUUGCAAGCCUGGCAUAAAAUCGUAUAAUUCUUUGCUUAAUGCUUUUAUUGAGAUCAAUCAGUGGGAGAGGGCUGAGUCUUUUUUUGCUUACUUUACAACUAUUGGUGUAUCGCCAAAUUUGCAGACUUAUAAUAUUUUGCUCAAGAUAUCGUGUAAGACUAAGCAAUUUAAAAAGGCAAGAGGGUUGUUGGAUUGUAUGUGGAAUAAGGAUUUAACGCCCGAUGUAUAUAGUUAUGGCACCGUUAUCAAUGGGAUGGUGAAAGGGGGCGAUCUAUCAGGGGCAUUGGAGGUGUUUGAUGAAAUGUUCACAGGAGGUGUGAUUCCUGAUGUGACGUGUUACAAUAUAAUGAUUGAUGGUUUUCUGAAGAAAGGGGAUUAUGAUAAUGCUAUGGAUAUUUGGCAGAGGUUAGUGAAGGGGUCUUCGGUUUUUCCAAAUGUGGUUACUUAUAAUAUCAUGAUUAAUGGGUUGUGCAAGUGUGGGAGGUUUGAUGAGAGUUUGCAGAUAUGGGAUAGGAUGAAGAAGAAUGAGCGUGAAAAUGAUGUGUUUACAUAUAGCAGUUUGAUACAUGGUUUAUGUGAAGCAGGGAAUAUUGAUGGAGCUUUGAAAGUUUAUAGAGAGAUGAUUGAAAGUGGUGUGGUGGUUGAUGUUGUUACUUAUAAUGCAAUGCUUAAUGGAUUUUGUCGAGCAGGGAAGAUUAAGGAGGGUUUUGAGUUGUGGGUGGUAAUGGGAAAAGAGAAUUGUCGGAAUGUUGUUAGUUAUAACAUUUUCAUCAAAGGGUUGUUUGAGAAUGGAAAGGUAGAAGAAGCAAUUUCUGUUUGGGAACUCUUGCGUAAGAAGGGUUGUGGGUCCAAUUCCACGGCUUAUGGUAUUGUAAUUCAUGGUCUCUGCAAGAAUGGACGUUUGAAUAAGGCUUUAAAGAUAUUAAAGGAGGCUGAAGAUGGACGAGCUGAGCUGGAUGCUUUUGCAUAUUCUUCAAUGGUUGAUGGGUUGUGCAAAGAAGGGAGAAUAGAGGAAGCAACCAACAUAGUCAUUCAGAUGGAUAAAUAUGCCUAUAAGCUGGAUCCUCAUGUUUGUAAUCCCUUGAUUAAUGGGCUUAUUCAAGCUUCCAAACUUCAGGAGGCAAUAUUCUUUUUUAGGGCAAUUGAGUGUAAGGGUUUUUCUCCUACUAUUGUCUCCUAUAACACGCUUAUAAAUGGUUUAUGCAAAGCAGAAAGAUUCAGUGAGGCAUAUUUUUUUGUUGAGGAGAUGCUAGAGAAAGAAUGGAAGCCAGACAUGAUCACAUAUAGCUUGCUGAUGAAUGGCCUUUGUCAAGGAAGGAAGAUUGAAAAGGCCAUCAGCUUGUGGCACCAGGCUCUUGACAGAGGUUUUAAGCCUGAUGUAACUAUGCACAACAUUUUGAUGCAUGGGCUUUGCUCCGUUGGCAAAAUUGAAGAGGCUAUGCAGCUUUAUUCAGAUAUGAAAUUAUUAAACUGUGUUCCCAAUCUUGUGACGCACAAUACCCUCAUGGAGGGGCUUUAUAAAGUCAGGAACUGUGAGAAAGCAUCAGAGAUUUGGGAUAGCAUUUUGGAAGAUGGGCUACAGCCAGAUAUUAUCUCCUAUAAUAUUACCAUUAAGGGACUUUGUUCUUGCAGUAGAAUAUCAGAUGCCGUUGGGUUUUUGAAUGAUGCUUUGAAUCGAGGAAUACUUCCAACUGCUGUUACAUGGGACAUCCUUGUUAGAGCCGUAGUUAAUUUUGGGACCUCCUAAAUCCAGAUAUUUUAGGGUUUCAUUUAUCUUCGAAGAUUGUGCAACUUUAUGCUGAAACUAGUCCUGAUGGAAGUGUGAUGGGUGAUAAAAAAACAUGCAAUUCUUUCAAACUAAUUUUGAGUGAGUUUUCCAGAAGAUGUUCACACCUUGUAUACCACCUUGAACUUACUUUGGCAGAUGGUGACCGGUGAGUAUGCAGAGCACCAAAAUCUUAUUCCAAAACUUUGUCUGAGAUGCAGAAAAGUAGGUGCAUGUUUGGAAUAUAGAUAUAUUUUUUUGGGAAAAGUACACUUAAGUACCUUGUGGUUUACGCAUUUUAUUAAAAGGGGCUUGAGGUUUUCUUUUUUGUACAUAAGGGCCUAUGGUUUAAUACCGUUAGUCACUUUGUUAGCACUUAAGGGACAAAGUGACUACCGGUAUUAGAUUUUUACUGAUGUGCUGAAUAUGCGCAGAUAUAGCGAUGAUGUGGCAAAAUGUGGCACUGACAUGGCAUGCUAUCAAUGCCACGUCAGCGGUACGUCAAUAAUUUUAUUAUUGUUAUUUAUUUUGGGACAUAAGUGCAAAAGCUUAAAGGCACAUGUCUCUUAAGUAUCAAAAGCUAAAACCACAUAUCAUUUAAGUACCAAAAAAAAGGAAAGCUCGGGCCCUGAAUGUUAAAAGUUUAAAAUUAUAUGAUACUUGAGUGUAUUUUACGCUUUGAUUUACAAAUCAGUCUUUAAAUAUUAUAAUUAUUUCUAAUCCCUUUGCCUCUAUCUUUCCCUUCUCUCCCUUUUAGAGAUGGAGUAAGGAAGACGGAGAUGGAGUAAGGAAGACGGAGAUGGAGAGAAACCAAAAUAGGAAGAGAGAAAGGGUGAAAAAGAUAGAUAGAGGGAGACAAAAAUGGAGGGAGGGAGAUAGGGAUGGUGAGAGACCCAAAUAGAAAAAGAGGGAGAGAGACCUUUUAGUAAGAGAGAUGGAUAGAGGGAGAGAGACCUAAAUAGUAAGAGAAAUGGCGAAAUACAUGGACAAAGAGAAACAGAGUGAGAGGGAGAGAAAAGAGCAAAUGGAUUAUAAUAAUUAUAAUACUUAUGGACUUAUUUGUCAAAAUUUAAAUACUUAUUUGUAAAUCAAAGGUAAAAUAUAUUUAAGUAUCAUAUACUUUCAAACUUUUAACAUUCAAGGCUCAAGUUUUCCUUUUUUUUGGCACUUAAGGGACAUGUGCUUUUAUCUCUUGACACUUAAGGGACAUAUGCUUUUAACAGUUUUCACUUAUGUCCCAAAAUAAAUAAAUAAAUAAUAAUAAUAAUAAUAAUAAUAAUAAUAAAAUAAAAUUGCUGACGUGGCAUUGACUUGUCAUUGAUGUGGCGUUGAUGGCAUGUCACGUCAGUGCCAUGUUUUGCCACAUCGUUGCCAUGUCAGGGCAUACCUGCCACAUCAGUAAAAAAUCUAACACCGUUAGUUACUUUGUCCUUUAAGUGCUAACGGUGUUAAACCAUAGGCCCUUAUGCGUAAAAAAGAAAACCUCAAGUUCCUUUUAAUAAAACGCGUAAACCAUAGGGUGCCUAAGUGUACUUUUUAUUUUUUCUUUUUUUGAAUACUUCAUAGAAAACCAGUGAAUUAGUAUGCAACCAAUUACAUGUAUAAACCUCCCAAAUUAGAUUGGUUAUUGUUUUAUUCCAUACAAACCAAUAGAUUCUUCGUUUAAAAAUGCAAAGUUUGGCUCUGAAAAUCCGGAAGUAUAUUUUCAUCAUUUUAAACCGUCCAGUUUAUUUUGGUUGUAUGAAAUACAGCAACUGACCUGCAUCUUUGAUAUGAAUAUCAACAAUGCAAGCAAUGAAACAGAAGCAUUCUAGAAAUGAUGCGAUGUUGCUAAAUGUCUAAAACUAGCCACGCUGACAUAAUGGCUACAGCUUUUUUGUUUCCAUGAGUACAGUGGCAGGGAAUGGUUCCUAAAGCAUCAAGCACGAUAACUCAGUUAUAUGGUUCUUGGUGAUGCAGUAAUAUCGCCAAGAUCAAAGUGGAUGAUGCAAAAGAAAAUAGCUUGAUGUAUCAAACCCAAGUUGCAAGUUUCACUUGGGGCUAUUGUAUCAUGCUAUAUUCAAUGAGGGUUAUGUAAUAGCAUAAUUUCAUUAACUAGAGAGGGAAAGAUCUUCAUUUCUUUUCCUUGUCUGUUUUCUUGGUACUUUCCAUCUCUGAUGACAAUUUCUGCUUGUAGCUGAACCAAGUGAUCAACCCACUAAAAUUGCUCCAAGAACUGCAACUUUCCACCAAUCAGGGGAAGAGUAAAUGAAAGAAUCAGCAAUAGCCAUGACCGGCACUGCCAUUAGAGCAAGAUUCUUCAAAAGCUUGCAUGGCUUUCCAUAUUCUCCAUUAUCUGCUAAUAAAAAAGAAUGAAUAAUGAGUGGAUUAUCAAGAGAAUUGCUUCUCUAUGCAUUGUAUGAUUGUCAUAGACAAUAAAGGAAUUCAACAGACCCUGGCACCAGCUUCGUCGAGUCCUUUGAGAGCAUCUUCUCCAAUUCUAUCGAAUUCAGCAUUGGCUUCUUCGGCAAAUGAGUUAGAUAAGCAGAUCUCUCAUCAAAAUAAUCAGUGACACGAACUUUUUGAGCUUCAAGCAUAGCUAUUCUGGCGAGUAGCUCUUGCUUAUGAGUAUCACCUUCAGAUGGGGAGGCCUUAGAAUCAGGAUCAUCGGACUUGCAAAGGCAGAAGGUUGAAUCCUUUAGGUUGGUUGAUCUCCCAGUCAGGAAAAGGGCUUGCUUUGGAGGCAGGAAGGAGGCAUUAAUGGCUUUGAGGGUGAUAAUCUUCUUCUGUCCACAGGAGAGUGAAAGAGAGGGGACGUUAAUGGCUUUGAGGGCGAUCAUCUCUCUUGGACCAGUGGCUAUUUUGGACAUUUCAUUUGGUGGACAUUAUCCGUUGCGAGAACUUACUGUGGUCCUUUUCAAAAGGUGAGCUCUUUGCUAAUACAAAUUUUCUUUUAGGUGUAAAUUAUAAGUUAAAUUUUUUAAAUUUAUUGAAAAUUACAAUUUAAUCCUAUAAUUUUAAUUUUAAAAAUAAGUUAAUCCUUGAAUCUGUUAAUAACGAAGUUAUUCUACCCAAUUUUCAUUUAAUUUGCCUUUAGUAGAUAGAAAAUGAUAAAAAUAGCCUCUCCUUCUCUGUGAACCAUCUCUCCCUCCUCCUUUCCAUUGAAAAUGACAAUCCACACCUCUCUUUCCCCAGAAUCACAAUGACAUAAUUAAUAAUUAAAUGGACAAAAUUUAAAAACUAAUUUAACAAAUCCACAAAAACCAAAAUUGAAUUGAAAUUCACAAACAAAUCGUCUAGCAACAUUGAAUAGACGCAGAGCAUCGGUCCAGAUUGACCCAUGGAAGCUCGCCGCAAGUUCUCCAGCUGCUCUUGCACCCACUCCAGAAUUCAAACGCGAGGAAUUCAAGGCUCAUCCCAUCAUUGUCGCUGUAAUGGCAAUCGAAGUUGGGCGCCCCCCUCACACGCCCGUCUAUGUCCCUCUAUAUAAACGCCUUUUUUUUUUUUUUUUUUUCAUUUUUUGAUAAGCUCUCUUUAUAGUUUCUUGUUUUGAGUAGAGCAUGCAAAUUCUCUCUGAAGUUCCAGAGACUGAUGUGAAUGAUCCAGUGAGUGCCUGAGUCACUUUAUAUGAUUCAUAGUCCUUGUAUAAUGUACCAGAAGUAGAAGUUGAUUAUGGUCUCAUUUUCUGAACUUAAUCCCUUUGAAGUAGUCAAGAGGGAACCAGCCUUGUUCAGUGUAACAGUACAAGUUACCUUGAUAUUCCAACAUUUGAGUGAAUUCUGUGUUUUAAGUACCUUA